AUGUCCGGAGCAAACACGCACAUGAACGAACACCCUUCAGGCGGGGAAGGAGCUGGCCAUAUCUCUGACAAAACCAAGACGUCAUUCUCAUCUGCGAACGAGUUCUCGAGUUUAAGAGAGCAGAAGGGUAUGGCGGAGAGGAAUUUCCUGGAUCGGAGGAACAGAGAACUCGGUGAGCAGGAGGGGACGUGCGCGACUGAGGAUCAUAGUUUCAUGACGAAGAAGCCUGGGGGUUCGGAUACUUUGCCGGGGUGGGAGAAGGCGAAGGGUGCUUUGGGUAAUAUGUGA